CUACUUUCUCUCCCAUGUAAUGUUGGAGAAACUUCUCUCCCCUACCCCUACCACACCCACCCCCUUCCACACACGCCGAGGAAACACCACUGCCCCACUGCACUCUAAACCGCUGUGACCGCCGCCGCCUCGUGCACACAGGGCAUAGGGACGGCAGAGGCAGUACCAUUAUUCAGAGCGACAGCGGCUACCAGACUAAUCCACAUCGCUGGGUACAUGACGGGCUUUGUGGAGCAGACGCGGCCUAACCAAGGGAGCAUUACAAGCAUCUGGUGUCCACGGGAGUCACCCCUAAACGUUAAGGCCGCUUCAGACGUGUGUGCCGGAGGUCAAGGUCAGGAUGGGAGUGGUGAGUGUCGUGUCCUGCGUGGCGGUGCUGUGGGUGCUGCUGGGCGUGGGCGGAGCGAUGCCGAGCCGCGGGGAAAAAGAAGGCGAGUUACAGCGGAGUUCUGAGGAUGACGCGGACGACUUGCAGCUCUUCCCCGCCGGCCAGCGAAACACAGAGUCUCUCCUGCCGUGGCCGCUGUUUGAAGGGUCACCGCCCGCUGCCGUCAUCACCCGCCCCCUCACUGGCCUGCCCUGGUCCUCUGCCCUCCCCGCCACCCCCGCCAUGGCCCUGGAUGAGCUGCACAGCCUCCCGGCGCCCGGCUAUGGACUCCUCCAUUAUCUUGUCCCGGACAGUUUGCCUCCAAGCGGCUCCUUCACUAGCGCGCCACUUGUUCUCCGUCCUCCACCGCCUCCAGCAGCAGUCACCAAGGGAUCUGGCUCGUCUAAGGAGGAAUUAGAUGUACGUCCCGUUCAGCCACCAUUGCCAUUCAUCAGGAAUUUGAAGAAUACUGAAAAAAUUUACAACUUAAACGAAGAAGACAGUGAUAAGAAAACUGAGUUGAAGAAUGAAGUUGUCUCUUCUCAAAGAGAGUCAGAGUCAAGUGUCGUUCCAUCGGUUGCCUUGCAGGGCAGCUCAUGGGGCCCGUUGGCAUACGAUUUUCCAGUGGCUGUCCAAAGCUAUGGUCCCACGAGCCACUUCUUCAUGCAUGAGCUGAUGGAUCCCAAGCACCAGCCUACUCAAGAAAUAGACGAAGGCAAACUUAAAUACUAUUCCUUCCAAACCACGGCGCCCAUCGUCUUUCCGUCGGCUGCCACCACCGCCUCAGCACCCAUCGUCUUCCCCGGUGAUGGCGGCUUCCCCGCCGCCUCGACCCCCGCCGGCAGUCAGAACCUGACCGUCACAACCCCUGGCCCUCCAGACGCCGGGCACACAGACGUGAAAGUGAUCAUCACCCCGCCGUGUCACAGGCGGUGCGAUGUGCCAAGUGGUAACGUGUGUGUCACAGAUUUCGGGUGCCUCGGCCAAUUCCCGGUGAAAUGAAUUUAAGCUGCCUACCAAGAAAACCAAGAGGGAGGGAGGGAGGGAGAAGUGAAUUAUGCUUAGUCAUUGCUCCUCCUUAUAAUCAUAAAGAUUAAGUUUAACCUGUUUUAUAAUAGGUAUGCAACAACAUGGAGUGACCCAGCCGUGGAUGAACACACCGACAAGUUGGAGCAUUGCUAAGGGGAGCAAAGUAAUUUUUUUUUUUUUUUUUUUUUUAAUGCCGCAGCGACACAAAGGUCUACACGAUGUUGUACAUUGCUCGCUGUUGUCGCGGCCGUUUUUCUGAGCUUGGUGAAUGCACGACUUCUAGGAAACUCAUGCUUGCCAUUAAUUAUCUUUUUGGAGCGUGUUAUUGUCAUGUCAUCGCGAAAGAGUCGACCAGUAUCAAAGCUCUUUCAAAGCUUAUAAUUAUUACAAUCGACCUUAUCACGUCAACCGCACCAAGGCGACGGGUGAAAGUGCCGUCACUCGUUAUUACUUCGUGGACGCCGACAAAAACUCAUUUCCCUUUGCUGACUCAACUAUUUACUUUUCUUUGCCGUUUUCUUCAUUUUUGCCGGCUCACUUUUUUUUAAUUCAGUGUCUCUCUCUCUCUCUCUCUCUCUCUCUCUCUCUCUCUCUCUCUCUCUCUCUCUCUCUCUCUCUCUCUCUCUCUCUCUCUCUCUCUCUCUCUCUCUCAUUUGAUUCUCGUACACACACACACACACACACACACACACACACCACACACACACACACACAGACACACAAAGACACUCAUACACACACAAAAAAAAAGAAAAACGUUCAAAUUGCUUUUUAAAUUGUUGUUGUUGUUGUUGUUGUUGUUGUUGUUACUAUACUGUACGAUGUUAUUAUUUUAUUGCUGUUAUUGCUAUUAUUACUGUUAAGUUAUUUUAUUGUAUUUAUUAGUAUUAUAAUUACUGUUAUUAUUAUCAUUACCGUGACAAUUUAUAUUUAUGCUUAAACAAGGCUUCCUAUUUAUGCAUUUGUCAUGUAUUAGGUAUGCAUAGGUAUAUUUAUUUAUCUACCUAUUUAUUUAAUAUUUCACUGAUCUGUGGUCAAAUGUACUACAUAUUAAAGAAUUUAUGAAUACUUCUUUCGUAAGGAAUAAAUGUUGGCUGUGGCUUAACGCCUUA